AUCCUACGCAUGCUUGCUGAUGUUAACGGAAACUGACUUGCUCUCAGAAUUGCAGCCUCAGAAAGCCACCAGCAGAUCCCUUCAUCUUUACCCUAGAAGCGCUUCGGCGCCACCCAGAGAAGGAGGAGCGCGGAGCCACGCCGGAGAGCCUGUUUCAGCAGUGUUGCGGGGAAGAGGAGGCAACCCCCUUCCCUCCUCCGCUGCUUUUUGAAGCAGGAGCCUUCCGUAAGGAGAAGGGGGAACGUGUAUGGGGGGCAUGCAUGAAGCGGAGGCGGUAGCGGCUUGCAGGUUCAGGGCAGGAAGGAUGCGGCAGGGUGGGUCCCUCCUCCGCCCUAGUCAGCUGCACGAACCGCUGGUUGGCGGCGUCUUCGUAAGGAGGGGCUGCCGCGUCCAUGGAGACACUGGGCGGGAGCCGGUGGGCGAACGGCAGCCCGAGCCGAGCCAUACCCUACUUGACACAGAGCAGGUAACCGCAGCAGCCCCUCAGCCUCGUGCGCCCCACAGCAUCCUUCACGCCGCUUCCUCCGCCCGGCUGCCCGCGCUCCUCCCAGGUUGGCGGCGGCAUCCCACUUACCAACAGCCGGGCGGGGGAUGCUCCUCUGCUGCAUUCACUUGCCGUACUGCUGAAGAAGCCGGCGGCGGUCUGUCUCUCCUCCUGCAAGCAAUCUGCUCCGCUCCCCGCCCUGUGCCAACUCCGGCUGUCACUCUAGACCCGCCUCCGGGCGGCUCGAAGCUCGCCACGUCGCUUUUCGAUUGGUGUCGGGCCCUGCCAAUCCGUCGCGUCUUCUCCCCGCCGUCGAUGGAGGUGAGGUCUCUCAGUGCGUCCCCGACGGCUGCUACUGCGGAGGAGGUUGUGUGUGCAUGCACGCCCGGGUCGCUGGCACGGACCAGUGGUGUGGUUUCGUGGCGCACGGAACUGGUAAUGCCACUGACGGUGGUGUGGACAAGCGACAGGCUCGUUCUCUUUUUCCUCUGUGCUGUCCUGGAAGGAAGGGGGGUGCUGAUGCCUGCGAGGAAAGCGAAGGCUCGGGUUGGAGAUAGAUACAUCGCCAUCAACCGGUGGUUCUCCUUACAGUAACAUGCAGGUGACCCCAGAACUCUUCUAAGUCCUAUGGGUGGUCCUGGAGAGAAUUGCUGCUUCAUCUUUGUAAAGGAGAAUGGAGGUGUAUUUCUCUACCCACCAUGGCAUUUAUAUAAAAGUUGAAUAGUAACGGGGUGAGUAUGCAAGCCUUGUUUGACGCCCUUACAGAUGGGGACAGCGCUUGACAGGUGACCUUGAGGAUUGCAUCUGAUUUUCAAGAACUUGCCAUCGUGGAGGGUAUGAAUGAGAGACAGCUAUCUUCGUUGGUACCUCCAAAGGAGUAACCGGCAGAGUCUUUUUCUUCUUAGGAAUAGGUGGCAAGUGCUGCCCAGCCAGGAGAUGAGGGACUUGAGUCACCUUCUUCUUUUUCUUAAUGGGUUCUGAAGGAACAGCAGGAGGCACCAGUCCUGACGGAGGCUGUAUAGGCCCAGGCAAUGGGUCUAACAGUGCAGAAGAAGCCGAAUCCACAGCCACACUCGACAUGGGUACCGACAAUAUCGGUAGCUGUCAAAGUGUAUUAAUAGGCAAGUUUUGCUAAUAUAUAUGAAAUGAAAGACUGUUUGCAACAGAAUGAUAGUACCAUUAAUUAGUACCAUUCACGUGAGAUAAAACAUUAUUAUGUAGUAUUGGUACCUCUUACAGGAUAAACCUAUAUGCCAGCAAAACCCACUAUUUGCCUAUAGAAAUAGUUCCAAUUUACAGAACCUACUCGUUCAUACAAGCAACUAUUAACACCCUUGAUGGCUCAAUUCCAGUGGGCCAAUUUAUUUCUGGAAACUGCUCUGUAUGCAGCAAUUGUGUCAAACUGAAGAAAUUCACCAAUCCUGUGAAGUCCAGGGAAUAUAAAAUACAGGAUUUUUCACACGUAACACAAAAGGGGUGAUAUAUGUCAUUAAGACUCCAUGUGUUGCGCCCACAGGGGUAGCUUGGACUCAGAAGAUCUUGUUUCUGUAUGUGUUAAGCUUAUGCCACUAAGUGUUAAUAAUGUGCCUAUCUAUCACUUUCACUGAACGUCUCAUCCAAUUGAUCUCUAAUUUAUAUCAGGGUGAUUUUAAAUAUCUAACCCAAAAAGCCAGAUACUUGAUCAAUAUGCCAAGGAUUUAUUUGAGAUCUCUCUCUCAGAUUAGAGACAGACCUGCCCAAUUCCAGUGCCACAAAUUUAGAUCCUUAUUCCAAGGAUCUGUUCAGUUCCAGUGAGUGUAGUCCAAGGUCUUCAACUCUGAGUCCAUACAUUGUUUUGAGACAAAAUACCUCUCAGAGGCCAUGUUAUCAGUCACCUUGCACUCUGUAUAUGCUAUAGAGCAUCUCAGAGCCAAAGGAACGGAACACUAUCCCCUGGGAACUCUCUGGUCCUCUAGCGAGAUAUAGCAAUUAUUUGGAGAGACAUGAGAAAGACACUGACACCAAACUGUCUUUUAAAUGUUUACUUAACUAAUAGACACUUUUACAGAGAAAUAACAGCUGGCAGGGGUGUGUAUGCAUGUUGCCUUAAUGAUUCACAAUAACUAAUACAUAAAAACUAUUAAGAACAUCUUAACUUCAUAAGAAAAGGAAAAGGUAAGAAGUUGGGGGAAAGGUGGGGCGAGAUGGAGAGAUUUGGAUUAGAGAAAGGAAUGGGUUUUCCAGGAAAAGGUCAUAUUACCAUGCUUCCGACUAGGCCCGAGGCUGCUCUUGUUGGAAACUGGAAAUUGGCUUCAGGUGUUGGAAGGUCUUAGAGCAUAGGCCCGGGGAAAUGCAGGAGCAGGUUCCAGGUAAAAAUCUCUACUCUGAACUCCGCUCUUCAGCAGAGCUCACAAACAGAGACUCCAUGCUAUUGGAUAAGACCUGGCUCACAACUGUCUCCUUUUAUACCCACACUCCACAUUGCCCAUCCAAAAGAAUCAGAAGCCCAAGCCAAAAACCCUUCUCUCUUAAAAUCUCUGUCUCUCCUUUUAGCCAUCUCUCGCAUGCUGUUUCAGUGAAAAAUUGCUCCUGCCCCUCCCUUCAGAAAAGGGCUUUCACAGAGAACUUUACCAGUCUUAUCACUGCAAAAAGUAUCACUUCUGCCAGCUUCAUACAGCCUCUAUUGUCUUUUCUUGCAGCUGUCAUGAAUUUGGCUAUCUCUGAGUUUCUCUUUCAGUAACUUAAGUACAGCAAUUCUUGCAGCUCCAACAAUGAGAGAUGGGGUGGGGGAGGGGGAGAGUAAGGAAAACCAAGAGAUGCAAAAUAACCUUAUUGAUCCUUAUUGGCAAUCAUCUCUAAUAUCUCAGUGUUACAUAACUCUUGCCAGCUCAGGUUACAAUAUAGUCAGAUAUGCAUUAAUUAGCAUGAUUAUUGCAAAACUCAGGCGCAAAUGGCCUUUAGGUUUGGUACUGUAUCUUGAUCAGAGCUUCAAAAGCUUCUUCGUCCAAAUUUCUAUGAGAACAUCACAGAUACAUCAUUCCGGAGAAAGCUUCUCUGUCAGCAUUCCUUCAGCAUAAGCACCCCAUUCUCAGAGACUGCAGUUCAGAGUUCAGGGCUCCCCAAAGAAUCUUCUGGUCUAUGAACAGGCUUGGUAUCCAUCUUAGGUGAGGGUCUGACUGUCCCUGAUACUGAUUUAAGCGGAGCCUAAUUCAUGCACCACACAUGCCCCUUUCUGUAUGUUGGGGAAACAACUUGACCAAUUAAAGUUAGACUAUCGAAACACAAAAAUUGCAUCCAGAGUAAGGAUGUGCACUGACCAGUCCAGAGCCCAUUCUAGGGCCUCUGGACCGGUCCGGACCUGGGGCUGGUUCGGCGGUUCGACGCCGGAACAGUGGACCUUUAAGGGCGGGGGAAGGUGUACUUACGCCUCUUGCCACU